CAAGGUGUAUUGCAGAAAUGGCGAAGAAGCAAAAGGUGUCUGAAUUCGAUGAUGUGCAUGUAAGUGAUGACAAUGAAGAAUCUAGUACCGAGGAUCUUCAUUCAGACGGGGAAAAAGAGGUAAUAGGGAAGAAAUCUGGAAGAGCGUAUAAAGAAAUAGAAGCACGAGUGUAUCGGGAGAAUGAUCUAAGCAAAGGUGGAUGCUUGAAGGCAGAAGGCAAAGUAAUUGCUACACAACGCGCCAUGAAUAAUAAAAGAGAGAGUAAUAUGAAUUGUAGAGUAGAGACAUUUGGGAAGGUUGUGAAGGGAUUUGAUGAGGAAGUGUAA